GCGACAAUGGCCUCGAUCCCGCGCUCCUCAUGGAGGGCGGCCGCAAGGGCAGCGUCGUGUCCCGCGCCAACAGCAUCGGCUCCACGAGCGCCUCCUCCGUCCCCAACACAGACGACGAGGACAGCGACUACCAGCAGGAGCCCUACAAGGAGUCGUACAAGGACCGGCGCCGCCGGGCGCACACGCAGGCCGAGCAGAAGCGCCGCGACGCCAUCAAGAAAGGCUACGAUGACCUGCAGGCCAUCGUGCCCACGUGCCAGCAGCAGGACUUCUGCAUCGGCUCGCAGAAGCUGAGCAAGGCCAUCGUGCUGCAGAAGACCAUCGACUACAUCCAGUUCCUGCACAAGGAGAAGAAGAAACAGGAGGAGGAGGUUUCUACCCUCAGGAAGGACAUGAUGGCCCUGAAGAUCAUGAAGGUGAACUACGAGCAGAUUGUGAAAGCCCACCAGGACAACCCCAACGAGGGCAAGGACCAGAUCUCCGACCAGGUGAAGUUCAACGUUUUCCAGGGCAUCAUGGACUCGCUGUUCCAGUCCUUCAACGCCUCCAUCUCAGUGAGCAGCUUCCAGGAGCUCUCGGCGUGCGUCUUCAGCUGGAUUGAGGAGCACUGCAAGCCCCAGACGCUGCGGGACAUCGUGAUCGGGGUCCUGCACCAGCUCAAGAGCCAGCUCUACUGAGCGCUCCCUGCGGAGCGUCCGGCGCCGCCGCGGCGCACACGGAGCCUCGCGCGCCGGGAAGGGCCGGCUGCCUCCCCUGCCUCUUCUUCGAGCUUCUCUCGCUUAUUUAUUGUAUCAACUGCGAGACCAAGCCUGGCUUGUGCAUCUCUGCUCUACAGGUGCCGUUACCCAGUAUUUGUAGGCACUUCAUUAGCUAAGGAGGAGCUAAAACUGUUUUUUUAAUUAUUAUUUUUCCUAUAAAUCACUGAAAUCAUACUGUAAGUAUUAUCAGCAUGAGUUUGGCAGAUGAGUGCUCUCUGCGGCCCCCUCGAGCCUGUCACCCUGCCGCUCCCAGAGCAGCUCCCGCUUCUGGCCAGCGCAGAUACGUGGAAGAGAGGUGGUAUCUCUGCUCUGGUGCUACCCGAGCACCAGCUGUUCUCCUGCAAAGCGAUUCUGUGGGAACUGCUUCACAGCAGGGGCUCAGCAUUGGGAUUCUGCCCUCGUGUUCUCGCUGCCACUGCCACAGCAGCAGGUUUUUAUUUUACUUUUCCACUAGCGCGGAGGUGGUAGCGCCGAGCCGCUUGGUUUGAGCGCUGCGGCAGCAGGAGG